CCCGGCGCUCGGCUGAUGCCUCCCCUGGGCCGCUCUCGAGGGCCCGUCCUGGGAGCCUUUCCAAGGCCUCUUCAUUAGCGCUGCCUGCGGUUGCGGCUUGGGCAGGGCUCUGGCAGGGAAAAGGGGGGGCUCCCCGGAGGGGAAACGCCGGUGCCAGCUCACCUGAGCGAGGUCUCGGGUCCCCACGGCCGGUCGGGGAUCCGCGGGGGGCUCCCGCCAGGUCUGGUCCUACCAGGGGAUGCCAUGGUCACAAGGCACCGCUGUCCCGGCCACACAUGGGACUCUGGUCCCUGCCAGGCGUCUCCCUGCGGUGUGGCCCUGGAUUGGUUUAAAGUCUGCGUGUUAUCACCCACCCCAGCCCCGGGGCUCAUAAAAUCACACCGGGACAAAGCCACAAACACACUGCUUGCCCGUUCCUGCUGUCACCUCUGCCCGUUCUCGGCCGGCACCAUGGGCUCCGCUUCUUUCUUGAAGAAGGCGCAAGCUCUGCUCCGGGUCCGGAACCAGCUGGUGCGGGAAUGCCUGGCUGAGCUGCUGUCUGUCUUCGUGCUCAUGCUGAUCACCCUGAGCGGCUCGGCACAGAUGGUCACCACCUCUGAGACCAAGGGGAACUACCUCAGCGCCUACUUGGCGGGCGCCCUGGCCAUCAUGGUGGCCAUCCACACAGGGGGGGGAGUCUCAGGAGCCCACCUGAACCCGGCGUACUCCUUCGCCGUGUGCCUGCUGGAGCAGUUUCCCUGGUGGAAGUUUCCCAUUUACGUGGCCGUGCAGACCUUGGGCUCCUUCAUUGCCGCUGGAGCCGUCUACUUCCUCUACUACGACGCCAUUUGGCACUACAGCAACGGGACCCUCACCACCUCCGGCCCCCGGGAAACCGCCUCCAUCUUUGCCACCUACCCUGCUGACUACGUCUCCAUCGCCAACGGCUUCUUGGAUCAGGUGAUAGGCACAGGGAUGCUGAUCUUGGGCGUUCUGGCCAUCAUGGACACCCGCAACAAGCCUGUCCCCAAGGGCCUGGAGUCAGUGGCCGUGGCCCUGCUGGUGCUCUCCAUCGAGGUCUCCAUGGGCGCCAACUGUGGCUGCCCCAUGAACCCUGCACGGGAUUUCGGACCCCGGCUCUUCACUUAUGUGGCGGGUUGGGGUGCGGAGGUCUUCAGCAGGGGCAAUGGGUGGUGGUGGGUGCCCUUGGUGGCACCGCUGCUGGGGGCCGCCGUGGGCUCGGCCCUUUACCAGCUCUUCGUGGCUUUCCACCACCCGGAGGAGGAGGGCAACCCCCAGGAUGAGCAGAACUCCCUGGUCCUCGUCAGCGCCAGCAUCCCCUCGGACACCAAGAUGUCACCUGGGAAGAAGGACGAGGGGGUGAUGCUGUCCCAGAAGAAGUGACGCCAGGGAUCGCCCUGGUCGCCCCUGCAGCCCCCGUCACACCAUUAAACCAGCCCUGAGAUCAUGGGGUGUCUUGUGUCUGGGCACAGGGGGAGGCAGCGGCCCCCAGCCCCCCGGCGCGGCGGGGCCUGCCCUCUUGGGAACCCC